AUGGCCUGUUUAGAAGUCUGCAAAGAGGGAAAAUUCAAACAAGAUACAGAAGAGUUAACUCUUGAUGGGAGUGUUGAUUGGCAUGGUCGCCCUGCAAUCAGAGCCAAAUCUGGUAGCUGGUUUGCCGGAACUAUUAUACUACUAAACCAAGGUCUUGCAACCUUAGCAUUCUUUGGAGUUGGAGUGAAUCUAGUUCUGUUCCUGACAAGAGUUUUGGGUCAAAACAAUGCUGAUGCUGCCAACAAUGUCAGUAAAUGGACAGGCACAGUUUACAUCUUCUCUCUUGUUGGUGCUUUUCUAAGUGAUUCUUAUUGGGGAAGAUACAAAACAUGUGCCAUCUUUCAAGGCAUUUUUGUUCUUGGUCUAGUAUCGUUGUCCAUUUCAUCGUACUUCGCUUUGCUUAGACCAAAAGGCUGUGGAAACGGAACAAUUGAAUGCGGUAAACAUUCCAGUUUCGAAAUGGGAAUGUUCUAUCUAUCGAUCUAUCUAAUCGCGUUAGGAAAUGGAGGGUAUCAACCAAACAUUGCUACGUUUGGUGCUGACCAAUUUGAUGAAGAUCACUCGAAGGAAAGUUACUCGAAAGUGGCGUUUUUUAGCUACUUUUAUCUGGCGUUGAACCUUGGUUCGCUUUUCUCGAACACCAUUUUGGGCUAUUUCGAAGAUGAAGGAUUAUGGGCUCUUGGGUUUUGGGCUUCUGCUGGUUCUGCAUUUUUGGCUCUUGUACUAUUUCUUCUUGGUACUCCAAGAUAUCGACACUUUAGACCCGCUGGUAAUCCUCUUUCGAGAUUCUGUCAAGUCCUUGUUGCUGCUUCGAGGAAAUUGGGAGUCCAAAUGACACCAAAUGGAGAGGACUUGUAUGUCACCGAUGAAAAGGAAUCCGCUACCAAUUCCAAUAGAAAGAUUCUCCACACACAUGGUUUCAAGUUUUUGGAUAGGGCGGCAUUUAUAACUUCAAGAGAUUUAGAGGUUCAAAAAGGAAGCCAACCCAACCCUUGGUAUCUUUGUCCUAUAACUCAAGUUGAAGAAGUAAAAUGCAUACUAAGACUUCUUCCAAUUUGGCUAUGCACAAUAAUAUACUCCGUCGUUUUCACUCAAAUGGCAUCACUCUUCGUCGAACAAGGCGCUGCAAUGAAAACCACAAUUUCCCGCUUCAAAAUCCCGCCAGCAAGCAUGUCUAGCUUCGACAUCCUCAGCGUAGCCAUCUUCAUUUUCUUCUACCGCCGAGUCCUGGAUCCACUCAUCGGAAAACUCAAAAAAUCAAGUUCGAAAGGACUCACCGAGCUUCAACGAAUGGGAAUCGGUCUAGUCAUAGCCGUAAUAGCAAUGGUUUCAGCCGGGAUAGUCGAAUGCUAUAGACUCAAAUACGCAAAACAAGGCGGCACAAGCUCUCUAAGUAUCUUCUGGCAAAUUCCUCAGUAUGCACUAAUAGGAGCCUCUGAGGUAUUCAUGUACGUAGGACAACUAGAAUUCUUCAAUGCUCAAACACCAGAUGGAUUAAAAAGCUUUGGAAGUGCACUUUGCAUGACGAGUAUCUCACUUGGUAACUAUGUGAGUAGCUUAAUUGUUAGCAUUGUUAUGAAAAUUUCAACUGAAGAUCACAUGCCAGGGUGGAUCCCUGGAAACUUGAAUAGAGGUCAUCUUGACAGGUUUUUCUUCCUAUUAGCUGCUUUGACAUCUAUAGAUUUGGUUGCAUAUAUUGCUUGUGCAAAGUGGUUCAAGAAUAUUCAGCUGGAAUGCAGAUAUGAAAACAAUGAUGAGCAUAGUAGCUUCAAAGUUUAA